AUGAACGAAAAUGGAGAUACCGGUGCUCCUGUCAGUCUUACUGGUGAGAAGAACUCAGAGGAAGCACCAAGCAGAAAGCAUGUGGAUGGGCUCAGUGAAAAUAAGGAGAUAGACAAAUGCGUCAAAGAGGAACUCCAAGGUACUCAGCACCUAAACAAUACCUUAAAACCUCAGGAUGAGUGGAACGCUGGAGAAAAUCCCAGCCCUUAUCACCCACGGCCUCCGCUCCUGCCCAAGCCUCCUGCUCUUUCAAAAGGAGGUAAAAAUCCCUCAUUUGGGGAGAAGAUGAGAGUUAGAAGAUUGCGUAACAGUCAAGAAAGUUUGACGGACCCAGCUGAGACCGGCUCCUCCACAGACUCCCUUAAAGAGGAUUCAACAAGCCCCACGUUAAGUAGCGCUGCAGUUGUAAAACAUGAACAGACCUCAACAGAAAGACAGGUAGAUUGCGCUCCAGCGAGAUCGCCGCGAUUCAGGGAUCGAUGUAACAGCCUUCCAGAGAGGGAUAUCUGUCCGCACGGGAAAAUCAAGGAGGCCGAACAACGUUUGAAGCCAUCCAAAGUCAUCCUGUCUCCCUUGCAGCCCGCGGUUGCAUUUCCGCCUUUGCAGCAGAGCAUUGCCUCCACCUCUUUAAGAACAGCUAAUCAGAUUGACAGGGAUUGUUUGGAUUAUGGAGUUGUGGGCAGAGGCGGCCCGGAACGGCUGCACCGAAACCUCAGUGACAGCCGGCUUUUGGAGACCAUGGUGUCAGAUAGCACCUCUGUCAACUCCAUGAAGUCUACCUACAGCGUCCUAAACCCCAUCAGACCCAGAGAUGUGAGGAACAGGAGCUUUUUAGAGGGCAGUGUUCUAGGGCAUGGUGCCUUGCUGGGGGCUGAGGAACUGGACCGCUACUUUCCAGACAGGCGAGUGGGGAUCUAUGUUGCCACCUGGAACAUGCAGGGAGAGAAGGGGCUUCCAAACAACCUGGAUGAUUUAUUGCUCCCAACGGACACUGAAUUUGCACAGGACUUCUACAUCAUUGGAGUGCAGGAGGGAUGCCCUGAUAGGAGGGAGUGGGAGAUUCGUCUUCAGGAAACCCUGGGACCUUAUUAUGUAAUGCUAUACACGGCAGCUCACGGGGUUCUCUACCUCACUAUUUUUGUAAGGAGGGAUCUCAUUUGGUUCUGUUCAGAAGUGGAACAUGCCACGGUCACGACUCGUAUUAUCUCUCAGAUUAAAACAAAAGGUGCUGUGGGUAUUGGCUUCACUUUCUUUGGGACCUCUUUCCUGUUCAUCACGUCCCAUUUUACUUCAGGAGAUUCGAAAGUGUAUGAGAGAAUACUGGACUACAACAAGAUCAUAGAAGCGUUAGCUCUGCCAAGAGGCCUCCCAGACACUAAUCCAUAUCGCUCCACGGCAUCUGAUGUAACUACUCGAUUUGAUGAGGUCUUUUGGUUUGGAGACUUCAACUUUCGCCUGAGCAAGGACAGGGGAGGAGUGGAAGCCAUUCUGAAACAGAGUGUCGGCGCAGACAUGGGACCACUGCUUCAGCACGAUCAACUGUACAAAGAGAUGAAUGAAGGUGCCAUCUUCAAAGGGUUCCAGGAGGCACCUAUUCACUUUCCCCCCACCUAUAAGUUUGACAUUGGUUGUGAUGUUUACGACACCACCUCCAAACAAAGAACUCCCUCGUAUACGGACCGCAUCCUUUACCGAAGCAGGCAAGCAGAUGACAUCAAAGUGGUGAAGUACACCUCAUGUUCAUCUAUUAAGACUUCAGAUCAUCGGCCUGUCAUCGGGAUGUUUCAGGUUAAACUCCGUCCUGGACGGGACAAUAUUCCUCUGGGAGCAGGCCAGUUUGACAGGAACCUGUAUUUGGAAGGCAUCAAAAGGAGAAUCACACGAGAACUGAAACGGAGAGAAGCCAUGAAGAACCAGAACAGCAGUACUGUUUGCACCAUUUCCUGA